CAGAGCCGACAGAGAAAGCAGGAUAACUCACUCACUCUCUCUCUCUCUCUCACACACACACGCACACACACCCAAACAAAGUAGCUAUAAAGUGCUUUGAUUUGCGGCUGUAGGAUCCCUGUUAAUAUAGAUAGGAAAAGAGAGACGCGUACUCUUGGGGAAGUCAGCAAGAGUUUCAGGCAGCAUUUUCUCCUUGAUUUGAUAGAGAUUUUAACUGGGUUUUAACCAGCAGUCUCCCCGCCUAAAGGCUAUAGAUUGUUUUCUAGGAGCGCAUGUUUGCUACUUUGGUGGAUGGGAUGCGCGUCUUUUCAGUAACCUAUCAACCCGGAGGUGUUUGACUCAUUUUCCCCCGAGCUGGAUACACUAACCCGGUGUGGGGUGUGGGGUAGCCUGGGUUAGGUAUAUUGAGAGAAAAAAAAAAAAAACUUUUCAGGCGCCGUACUUUUGACGCCACGGAAAUGCGACCGUGUCAACGAGAGUGCGUGUCCGCGCUUUAUCGAAAAAGUUUGCUUCGGACUGCGCUGCUACUGUGGCUGGCCACCUUUGUUGACGGGACCUGGAGGACGGGACUUUACAAAACCUACUCAACCGGGACGCAGCUGAGCAGAGACCACACCGCCGCCGCUCACACCUCAGUCUAUCAGAAAAGGAACUGGUGUCCACAUACGGUAACGAAGACAGUAACUUGCCAGGUACAGAAUGGAACAGUUCUACAGCGAGUCUACCAGACGUGCCGCUGGCCACAGGGAUGUACAGGGGGCAGCUACAGGACGGUGGUCAGACCUUCCUACAAGAUGGUGUACCGCACCGUGACCUCUCUGGAAUGGAAAUGCUGUCCGGGAUUCAGUGGAGCCGCCUGUGAGGAGGAUGCAGGCAACCAGCUUGUGGCUCAGGAGGCACUGAGGAAGCCAUCCACACUGCGGCGCCCGCCUGCACGCACAGGGGAGCCAGCAUCUAGUUGUCUGAACUGCACUCGCAUCACUGCUCUGAGUGACCGGCUGAGCUCACUAGAGGCGAAGGUGCAGUUACUCACUGCUCCGGCCUCCAUGUCACAUCGUCACCUACAAGGUAAAGGGGCAGCUGCACCCGAGACCUCCUUACUGAUGGGUGCUGUGCCCGCCCAGGGAGCGCCUGGUGAGCAGGGACCUGCAGGUCCCCAAGGUGAAAGGGGGAGAGAUGGGAUUCCUGGACGAGACGGGAAGCCAGGGUCUCGAGGGCCGCCAGGGCCCAGUGGGCCUCGGGGGGAGUCUGGGGCGAGGGGCCCAUCUGGGGGCCCUGGAUCCAGGGGAACCCCUGGACCGGCGGGACCUCGUGGGCCACCAGGACUCCCAGGAGAAAGGGGUCUGCCAGGCCUUCCUGGACCUCCAGGGCCUCCUGGCCCCCCAGCGCCAGCCAGUGCCCGCAUCCCAGAACCAGAUCUCGGUCAGGGAAAAGACCCCUUCUUCUCCAACACAUUUCAUGACUCACGCGGGUUGCCUAUCCCAGGACCUCAGGGUCCUCCUGGGCCUAUCGGUCCCCCAGGUCCCAAAGGCCCAGUAGGACCUCCUGGCCCACAAGGACAGAAUGGGAAGCCUGGAGCCCCGGGAACACAGGGGCCUAUGGGGCCAAAAGGAGAGCGUGGAGAGAGAGGUCCUCUAGGUUAUCCGGGAGAGAGGGGCUUCAGAGGCGAGCCGGGAGCACCGGGCCCCAAGGGAGAGCCAGGAGAGAAGGGCUUGCCGGACAUUAGCUUGCAGAUGUUCCACGACUUGCAAGCAGACCUUGAGCUUCUGGCUCGCAGGGUGACGCUGCUGGAGGCGAUCAUCUGGCCAGAGCCUGAUCUAGGGUCUGGGGAUGGUCCGUUUGGCACAACAUCCCCUAGUUUCUACAGAGAUAAGCGAGCAGGUGUGCUUCCCUAUCGACUUGCCUCACCUCUAUCCUCGGACACCAAGGUUCGAGGGAAGUAGCGCCCGCUGACCCACGCUGAGGAUCACAGGCUGGGUUGAUGCCACCCUUCACCCCUCACCCCUCACCCAGGUCUCUUUGGCACUCAGUUGGUUCAGACAGUAUCAGGUGCUCUCUUUGGGCUGUACCAUCAGAUGUAAGGUGGGGGACACCUCAGGGAAACUCCACUGAUACUCCAGAACGCCCAGCUCUUUUGGGAACAUGAGAACCAGCAUGACCCCCCCCCCCUCCUUUUCCCUUAACAAAACAGUCAUCUCCACGUAGGCCCAGCAGCUCCUCUGUAUCCCUCUUCUGUGGCUAGAGAACCUAACUGCAGCCUCAAGAAAACAAUUAAAAAAGAAAAAGAUAUUCAUGUUUGAUAAAAGGAAAACUUAUUUUAGAAUGUUCUGUGGUUCUGGAACCAUUUCUGGACAAUAAGGGUCACUUAGAGUAAUCAAUUAAAGGAGGGAUCAGACGAGAGAAAAGAGACUGGUUCUGAGGUUGUUUUGCUUUCACAAUGUGUCUGCAAUCUGAAGAGAUUCCAUUAUUUAAAUAUAUUGAGCAUUACUGUUUGCAGGACACAACUACACAAACAAACCUCUUCUAGUAUUAAUUUUGUUAUACUUCUAUCAUAUUGUUUAACUCAAUGUUAUGUAGUGCACUAAAAAGAUG